CUAUUGCCAUUAGUGCUUGUAGAAACAUUCACUGAAAAUUUAACCAUAACAUCAUACAUUUCUGCUGAGCAGCAGAGAGCCUAUACAGACAGGUUAAAAGUACAGUAAAUCCAGAUGAAUCUCUUUACUGCUGCAGCUUUUUACUUAAUGUGCCUCCUGGAGGCUGAAAAUAGUAUUAGCUGCAGCUGGAACCAAAGGCACAAUGUUGUCCCUUGCACACCCAUGACCCCAGCUCUGUUGGGCUGGUAGGAAUACCAUUCUCAUUACAUCUGAGCACAGAUAUAUGAAAUAUUAGUAGAGGCAUACUACAGUGUUAGCAUAAUGCAGUCUGAAGAAGACUUCUCUAAGAGCCUUCUGCUCUUCUCAAAAGCUUUACAAUAAUAACACAAUCAAAGGUCGUAGCAUGUUCCCAAUUCUUUUUAAUAACCUGGUAAAACACCAGCAUCCAAUGAAAUCAAUGUAGAGCUGUCUUUGUUGACAUCAAGUACCUUCUGACUUUCUAGACUUAAAUAAAAGUAAAAAUUGAAUUUCUGUAUUGUACAUGGCCAUAAACAUAAUUAUUAUGAAUUCUGACUCUUCAUUUUCAAAGUGGACAAGAUCCAAAUUAAAUUGUUGCAUAGGGCUGAGUGAAGAGGCUCUGUGCCUCCAGUGUGCCUCUCUGCAGCUGAAAUAAAAUGUAAGCACAGAUUUACAGACUUUUUUUUAUUAGUUGUUUACUACACUUUAUGAUAUCAACAUUUUUGUGCAUGCAAUACACUAGAUUGCAUAUUGAACUUUUAGUCUAGGAAAUAAAUUUACAGCACAAAAAGAAGUGAAGACUUUCCACAACUAACUUCCAAGGCACUAACAAGUGUCUUCGGGUGCAAAUAGUGCAAAGCACCUGAAUGAGGGCCAUCUGACAUGAUACAGGAUGAGUGUUUCUGAAGCUAGUUCUCAGGAGCAAACAGCACAGGUGAUUUUGGAAGAAGCUAUUCAAAUGAUAGGCAGGGCAGGGGAAAAGAAAUCAAAGAAAAUAUUCUGUACUCCUGUUACACAGUUGUGUUGACUGUGUCUUAUUCUCCCAUGUCAUGCACACUUUCACUAAUAAUUUUCUUCAUGUAUUACAAUUUCACUCAAUAGGUCCAAAUGUUCUAAAGAAAUGGAAUAUUACAAGCAAAGAUGAAAAUUGUGUGCCAUGGAGGGUGGAAAAUGAGAGUAAGGUUUUUCUUUUUUCCUCCCUGGAAAAAUGGAAGAUUCUGGAGUAUAGUGAUGUAUUCUGUUUGUUAAAGUUUUUUGUUUGUUUGUUUGUUUGUUGGUUUGUUUUUUCUUCAUGUUCCUUCCCCUUGGAUGUGAUGCUAAAGAUUUUCACCUCCAAUUUUUAUGUGCCAGGGACCCACGUGACUCUCACUGGAGCUGUCAGACUGCCAAUUACAGACAGUUUGAAUUUUCACCAGUCCUGCACAGAGAAAAAGAAAGCAACACCAGGCAGCGUAACCAGACACACACUCCUUGUCCAACCACCUCCACAAAGGAUUGAUGUUCCUCUAUGACCAAGUUCUAGAAGGAGAACCAUGCUGAACAGCUUUCCAGGUGCCCUGAUGCCCAAGGAGAAAUACAAAAUAUUUCAGUUAAGUCUUCAAAUUGCACUAGUUGAAGGAGAAAGCUUUCGUCAAAAGAAGGAUGGUCUGACUGACAGGUCAGCUUCUGAGUAAAGCCAAGCCUGAGAAACAACAAUCCAGAAUCUUUCCACAAACAGAAGAAAUGAGCACUGAGAGACCUUCAAAUCUAAUCAAACACCUAGGGCAGACAAGUAUUCCUUCCCUUGAAAAUACAAGCGAUUUUUCCUUAAAUGUCACUGACUGUACCCAGAUCGUUGUGCCAGAGGAAGUUUUUUUCACAGUUGCUGCUGCUGGCAUAUUGGAAAAUCUGCUUGUCCUUAUUGCUGUCAUCAGAAAUAAGAAUUUGCACUUGCCCAUGUACUUCUUCAUUUGUAGUUUAGCCAUUUCAGACAUGUUAGGUAGCUUGUACAAAACUCUGGAGAACAUCUUUAUUAUCUUGUGCAAAAUGGGGUACCUGACACGUCGUGGGGACUUUGAGAAGAAGCUGGAUGAUGCCAUGGAUUCCAUGUUCAUUCUGUCUUUACUGGGGUCAAUUUUCAGCUUGUUAGCUAUUGCAGCAGACAGAUAUAUCACUAUUUUCUAUGCUUUGCGGUACCAUAAUAUCAUGACACUACGAAGGGCUUUGAUCAUCUUGGCAAUCAUUUGGACGUUCUGUGCUGGCAGUAGCAUUGCCAUUGCCCUCUUCUCCUAUGAAGCAGCUACAGUCAUUCCCUUCACUAUCCUGUUCCCUUUAAUGAUGUUUUUUAUACUGUGCCUCUAUGUCCAUAUGUUCCUCCUUGCUCGAUCUCAUGCUAAAAAGAUCGCCUCACUGCCCACCAGUGCAGUCCAUCAGAGAACUAACAUGAAAGGAGCCAUUACACUGACUAUUUUCCUUGGAGUCUUCCUUUGCUGUUGGGCCCCCUUUGUUCUUCAUAUCCUUUUAGCAAGGUUUUGCCCACAUAAUCCUUAUUGUGCCUGCUACAUGUCCAUAUUCCAUGUGAAUGGGACCCUCAUAAUGUGCAAUGCGAUCAUUGACCCUAUGAUUUUUGCAUUCCGAAGCCCAGAAUUACGGAGUACAUUUAGGAAGAUGUUCUGCUGUGCCAGGUAUAACUGGAACAGGUAGACACUAAACAAAAAAUAAAAAUAAUUAAAAAAAAAAAAAUUACUGAACCACUCUCUCUGCGGGCACUGCGCAAAGCAAACUCAUGGUUAAAAAUACUAAAAGUGAUGCCCAAAGUAAUAUUAUGCUUGUAAAAUGCUGCCAGUGAUUUCAAGAGGUCUACCAAAGAAUACCUAUGAGUUAAGUAUGCACAUAAGUCUUUGCCAACCAAACACACAGAAAUAUUACUAAUUAAGUUAAUUCUGCUCAUAAUUUUCAUGCAACAGUCUAAAAAUAACUGUAACAACUAUCUUCUGUCAUUUCAGAAAAACUCAAAUAUAAAUCCUCUGCAAGUAUUGUGUAACCCAACAGAUUAGUUUAUGCCAACUCAUUCUGUAUCAGUAAUUUCAAAUUAAGGUGUAUACUACUCUAAAAUUCUGUUGUUUAAAUCACAAAUAAAUGAAUACUUGUUUCUGAACUUCACAUUUAUAAAAAUGUCUGUGAUAAAGCAGAAAAUAUGGACAUGCGUAUAGACUUUGCUGGCAAAGUGAACUCAUUACUUUGUUCUUUAACAUCUAUUCUCCUCAAAAUCAUGCAAUUAGUAUGAUCUAAGUGUCAAAAAAAAAAAAAAAAAAAAAAAGUUUGGGAGUGUGAGUCCAUGUGAAGUGAUUUUGGUUUAAAAGUUAUUCUUAGUGACUGAAGAGUUUUUUCCAACAUAAAAACAUUCUGGUAGGAAAUUAUUUUGAAAAGGUUUUGAAUUUUAAAACACCAAAGCCAGGUCUGGACUAGCAAAGAGAAUUGCUGGCCAUGCCAGCUCCCCACUAGAAGUCCCUGGGCCAGCUUCCUUUAAUAAAAUAACAGGUUUCACAGACAGUAAAAGAACUUUGAUAAAGCCAUAGUUUUCUAAACAUGCCACAACAAGGAAUUCAAAAGUAAAACACCAGACAGAUAAUUCAAAGACCUCCAAGGAAGUCAACCACCUGGAUGAGGAACCAGCUAGGCAAUCUGGAAGGAUGCUACAAAACAGUUUGUAAUUUGCAAAAUCCUAGUGAGGAAAUUUUGAGUUGUCCUUGCCAAAGUAAUACUAAACUUCCAAAAUUGUAAGGCAGAAUAGCUUUCACAGCAAAAUAUCCUAAAGCAGUCCAGAGCAUAUGGUAAGGAAUUAACCUC